GCGGCGGCGGCCACAGCGGCGGCGGCGGCGGCGAUGGGAGAGCGCUGGUGUGCGGCGGUGCUGCGGGUGCUGGUGCUGCAGGCGGCCUGGGCGCUGGCGGGCGGGCAGGUGCGCUACUCGGUGGCGGAGGAAGCCAAGGCCGGCACGGUGGUGGGCCGUCUGGCGCAGGACCUGGGCCUGGAGGCGGGCGAGGCGGAGGCGCGGCGGCUGCGGCUGGUGGCGCAGGGCCGGCGGGCGAGCGUGGAGGUGAGCGGGGCGAGCGGCGCGCUGCUGGUGAGCUCGCGGCUCGACCGGGAGGAGCUGUGCGGCAAGAGCGCGCCGUGCGCGCUGCGCCUGGAGGUGCUGCUGGAGCGGCCGCUGCGCGUCUUCCAUGUGGAGCUGGAGGUCACCGACAUCAACGACAAUGCCCCCAUCUUCCCCGCCGCCCGCAAAAACAUCAGCAUCACUGAACUGACCACUCUGCCGGGGUCUCGUUUCCCUCUGGAGGGCGCGACGGAUGCGGAUAUCGGAGCGAACGCGCAGCUCUCCUACACACUCAGUCCCAGCGAGCAUUUCUCCCUGGAUUUACAAAAAACGGAGGAGGACGGUGAGUCCUUAUUCCUGGUCCUCAGGAAAUCUCUGGACCGCGAGACGAUUCCCGUGCACCGGUUGGUGCUGACAGCGAGUGACGGGGGCCGGCCGUCUCUGACGGGAACAAUGGAGCUGGUGAUCUCGGUGCUGGAUGUGAACGACAACAUGCCCCAGUUCAAUCAGACGGUGUAUAAAGUGCAGCUGCCCGAAAACGCAGAACGCGGCACUUUGGUGAUUAGACUAAAUGCCACGGAUCUGGAUGAGGGGGUGAACAGUAAUAUCUCCUAUUCGCUCCAGACCCUGUCCCCGCAGAAUGGAAGAGACGUUUUCCGAAUUGACAAAAAUAGCGGAGAGAUCCAUCUUACGGGUGACUUAGACUUCGAGGAUGUUAGUCUCUACCGCCUGCAAGUGGACGCAACAGACAAGGGAACGCCCCCGCUGUCGGGUCACUGCAAGGUGGUGCUGGAGGUGCUGGACGUGAACGACAACGCGCCGGAGGUGUGGGUGACGUCGCUGUCGGUGCCGGUGGCGGAGGACGCGUCGGUGGGGACGGUGGUGGCCCUGCUGAGCGUGUCGGACCGGGACUCGGGGGAGAACGGGCGCGUGCGGUGCUGGGUGUGGCCGGCGUCGCCGUUCGGUCUGGAGGCGACGUUCGCGGGCUCGUACUCGCUGGUGCUGCGCGAGGCGCUGGACCGGGAGCGGGUGUCGGAGUACGAGGUGGAGGUGCGUGCGGAGGACGGCGGGGCGCCGGCGCUGCGCGCCAGCCGCGGGCUGCGGGUGCCGGUGUCGGACGUGAACGACAACGCGCCCGCGUUCGCGCAGGCCGUGUACACGGUGCUGGCGCGGGAGAACAACGCGGCGGGCGCGGAGCUGGCGCGGCUGUGGGCGCGGGACCCGGACGAGGCGGGCAACGGGCGCGUCAGCUACUCGGUGUGGGAGGGCGGCGCGGGCGGCGGCGGCUGGCGGGCGGCGUCGAGCUACGUGUCGGUGGACGCGGAGAGCGGGCGUCUGUGGGCGCUGCGGCCCCUGGACUACGAGGAGCUGCAGGUGCUGCAGUUCGAGGUGCGCGCGGUGGACGCGGGGGAGCCGCCGCUGUGCGGCAACGCCACGGUGCAGCUCUUCGUGCUGGACGAGAACGACAACGCGCCGGCGCUGCUGCCGCCCGCGGGCUCGGCACCGGAGGCGGGCGGCGUGGCGGCAGCGGAGGCGGCGGCGGCGGCGGGCGCGGGCUCGGAGUCGGGCACGCUGUGGGCGUGGGCGGCGUGGGGGGCGCCGGCGGGGCAGGUGGUGGCGAAGAUCCGCGCCGUGGACGCCGACUCGGGCUACAACGCGUGGCUGCGCUACGAGCUGUGGGAGCCGCGGGGCAAGGGCCCGUUCCGCGUGGGGCUCUACAGCGGCGAGGUGAGCACGGCGCGGGCGCUGGACGAGGCGGACGGGCCUCGCCAGAGGCUGCUGAUCGUCGUGCGCGACCACGGCGAGCCGGCGCGCUCGGCCACGGCCACGCUCAGCGUGUCGCUGGUCGAGGCCGCCGAGGCGGCGGCGGCCGCGGCCGCGGGAUCCUCGUCGUCGUCGUCGUCGUCGUCGGUGUCGCGGUCGGCGCUGGGCGUGGAGCUCGGCCCCGGCGCGGCGAGCGCGGCGACCAACGUGUGGCUGGUGGUGGCCAUCUGCGCGGUGUCGAGCCUCUUCCUGCUGGCCGUGGUGCUGUACGGGGCGUCGCGCUGGGCGCCGCGGGCGGCCGUGCUCUCGGGGCCCGGGCCCACGACGCUCGUGUGCGCCAGCGAAGUGGGCAGCUGGUCGUACUCGCAGCGCCACAGCCGCAGCCUGUGCGUGGCGGACGGCGCGGCCAAGAGCGACCUCAUGGUUUUCAGCCCCAACUUCCCUCCGCCGCCGCCCGGCCCCGCGCCCAAGGACACGCAGCCGGAGCCCUCCGCUCUCCUCGACACGGUCAGUGGUCCUUCCUUCAUUCCCUUCUCUGCUCCUUUUCAUCCGCCCUCUUGAGAAGCUGCUCUUUGAAGCCGGGCUCAGUUCCCACGGCUUACGGACGUUGGGUACUUAGCGGGUCCUUAAGGAUGCCAAAGGCACAUUUGCAUCUGUCACCACGACCUUGCUGGAGCCCCCGGCUCUUUCUGAGAG